AUGGCGACAGCCACACCAGACCGGGCGACCGCGACGUCGUCAUCGCAGUUCCGCAUGACAUCGCAUCGAUGCGGGACAUGCGAGGUUAGCUUCUCCAGUGUUCAGGAGAUGAGGACCCAUGCGAAGAGCCAAUUGCAUGUUGAGAACCUCCGCCGUCGCCUCAUCGAGCAAGACCCCGUCGCCCACGAGCCUGAAAAGGACUACGGUGACUACCCAAGUGCAUCUGAAGAAGACGAAGAGGAGGAAGGCGCCAACUCAGACGCCUCCAUCCACUCAGACUCCGACACCCAGUCCCACGCACUGCAUCCUCCAUCUAUACCACCAUUCGACCCCGACACCUGUCUCUUCUGCCGAGAGACCACCUCCGACUUCGACUCUAAUCUCACGCACAUGUCCAAAUCCCACGGCUUCACCAUCCCCUCCCCGGAAUCCCUCCUCGUAGACCCGGAUACUCUCCUCUCCUACCUCUACCUCGUCAUCGAGGGGUACCGCGAGUGCAUCCUCUGCGGCACCCAACGAAACAAUCCCCACGCCAUCCGCCGCCACAUGCUCGACAAGAGCCACUGCCGCUUCGACAUCUCCCCGUCCACCGAAUAUUCAGACUUUUACUCCAAGCAAGAUGCCGAAAGUCAAAACUAUCAACUCACGAUAGCAACCACCCGCCUUCACGUUCGUUCCGAUGAGGGAACGCUCAUUCUCGCCUCGGGCAAGAUCCUUGCCAGUCGAUCCGCGCCUGCGCCCCGCCCUCCUCGCCUCUCAAAGGACAAAGGCAACAAUUAUACUACGCCUACGGAAAAGACGGCAGUAGACGGUGCGACCUGUACGGAACUAACGCCCAGGUCCUCGGGUGCGUUGACAAAGGCCGAGAAGAGAGACGUCACGCUGGCGAGUAAAAUGACCUCGCUGAGCAUCUCUGACCAAAAGGCCAUUGCACAUUUGUCCCCCUCGGAGCAGAGGGCUACGAUUGAGAGGCGGGAUAGGGAAAUGCAGAGGGAGAGGAGGGCGGAUAGGAGGAUGAUGAGUCGGGUGGAGGCUUUGAGUAAUAAGACAAAGAUGCACCAUUACCGCCCUGCUGGGAAUGAGCGGCCAAAUGGUUAA